UCCCCAAUAAAAAUUUCCGAACUGAUAAAGAAACCCGGUCCAUGUAGGCCAAAGAGAAGAGGAGUCAGACAGUCGGUGGGCCCCACACCGUAUCUCCUUUGGUCUCAUGUGAGCCGGGACCAUAGAUAUAUAUUACACCGGCUCGCCGUCAACCUGAAAUCUAACCCUAAUUCUGCAGAUUCGAUCACCGGCGAACAAAGCUUCCCUCUGCCACCGUUUGCCUUUGUCCUCUCUCUCUGCCUCUCAUCGGUUCAGCUCUUCCCAUCCAAUUCCCCACACGGAAGGUACUCCCCUCCUCCAACGCCUCCUCUAUCAGUAUCAGCCCAACAGACAUGUUUGUUGAGGUCUCGAGAAAGAACAGCCGCUGCCAUCAGAACAACGCCGCCGUCUCUGGGUUUUCUCCACUCCUCCACCGGAAGGAAUUUUACAGACAUCUCUUCCGCUUCAAACAUCAAACCCCGCCCAUUCUUUCCUCUGCCAAUUAGAGAACGUGCCUUACUGUUUUCGGCUUUUGAGCUGUUGUUUUGUUCGGAAACCGCGAAAGUUAACUUCUUUUUGGAGCUUAGCUUGUGUUUUCAGAGCGGGAAUCGGACACGACAAUGGCUGAUUACGAUACGAGGAAGAUCAGGAACAUAUGUAUUCUAGCACAUGUUGAUCAUGGGAAGACCACGCUUGCCGACCACCUUAUCGCGGCCUCUGGGGGCGGGGUCCUACACCCGAAGCUCGCGGGUAAGCUCCGGUUCAUGGACUACUUGGACGAGGAGCAGAGGCGAGCUAUUACCAUGAAGAGCUCUUCGAUUGGUCUCCACUAUAAGGACUACUCCAUCAAUCUGAUCGAUUCCCCGGGCCACAUGGAUUUCUGCAGUGAGGUCUCAACGGCCGCCCGGUUGAGUGAUGGUGCCCUGAUAUUAGUAGAUGCAGUGGAAGGGGUGCACAUUCAGACCCAUGCUGUGUUGCGGCAGUCGUGGAUCGAGAAGCUCACCCCGUGUUUGGUGCUUAACAAGAUUGAUAGGCUGAUCAGUGAGUUGAAGCUGAGCCCAAUGGAGGCUUAUACCCGGUUAUUGAGGAUUGUUCACGAGGUGAACGGGAUCAUGAGUGCGUACAAGUCGGAGAAGUAUUUGUCCGAUGUGGACUCAAUUCUUGCUGGCUCCACCGGUGAGGUGGGCGAUGAGAGUCACGAGCUGAUCGAGGAUGAUGAGGAGGACACCUUUCAGCCCCAGACGGGUAAUGUCGCGUUUGUUUGCGCACUGGAUGGGUGGGGAUUCAGCAUUCCCAAAUUUGCGGAGUUCUAUGCCUCGAAGUUUGGGGCAAGCUCAGGCACACUGCAGAAGGCUUUCUGGGGUCCUCGGUAUUUCAAUCCAAAGACGAAGAUGAUAGUGGGGAAGAAGGCAGCAGGUGAAGGGAGCAAGGUUAGGCCCAUGUUUGUUCAGUUUGUGCUCGAGCCGCUCUGGCAGGUCUAUCAGGCAGCCCUGGAACCAGAUGGCGACAGAGCAAUGCUCGAGAAAGUCAUUAAAUCAUUUAAUUUGUCUGUUCCACCUCGUGAGCUUCAGAACAAAGAUCCUAAAGUUGUGCUCCAGGCCGUUAUGAGCCGCUGGCUUCCUCUGUCAGAUUCGAUCUUGUCUAUGGCUGUUAAGUGUAUGCCUGAUCCUAUUGCAGCCCAGACAAAUCGAAUCUCACGGUUGCUUCCAAAGAGAGAGAUUUUGGACAGUGGAGUGGACCAAGAUGUGCUUGCGGAGGCCGAACUCGUAAGAAGAUCUGUUGAGGCUUGUGAUUGCAGUGAUGAAGCUCCAUGUGUUGCAUUUGUGUCCAAGAUGUUCGCGGUCCCAGUGAAAAUGCUGCCUCAAAGAGGCCCACAGGGAGAGAUGUUGAACAACUCGGCCGACCAGGACUCGAUUGGAGAAUCAGAUGAGUGCUUCCUUGCGUUUGCAAGGAUCUUCAGCGGGGUGCUCUCUGCAGGGCAGAGUGUCUUUGUGCUCUCAGCUUUAUACGACCCGCUUAAGAGAGAAUCGGCUCAGAAGCAUUUACAGGAGGCUGAGUUGCAGUCUCUGUACCUAAUGAUGGGCCAAGGAUUAAAACCAGUUUCCUCUGCAAAGGCUGGGAAUGUGGUAGCAAUCCGAGGACUCGGUCAGCAUAUAUUGAAGAGUGCGACUCUUUCUUCUACCAUAAACUGUUGGCCUUUCUCGAGCAUGGUCUUUCAGGUAGCCCCCACCCUCAGAGUUGCUAUCGAGCCAUCCGAUCCUGCUGAUAUGGGUGCUCUGAUGAAAGGGUUGAGGCUUCUGAACCGGGCAGACCCAUUUGUGGAGGUCAGUGUUUCCAGCAGAGGGGAGCAUGUGCUUGGUGCUGCAGGGGAGGUCCAUCUCGAGAGGUGCAUUAAGGAUUUAAAGGAGAGGUUCGCAAAGGUGAGGUUAGAAGUCUCCCCGCCUCUUGUUUCCUAUAAAGAGACGAUUGAGGGAGAUCAGACAAAUCCUUUGGAUAAUCUCAAACUGUUGACUAAGAGCUCGGACUAUGUAGAGAAGACCACGGCCAACGGGAGAUGUACUGUUCGUGUCCAUGUAAUGAAACUUCCACCGACUCUGAUUAAGCUUCUCGAGGAGAAUGCUGAACUUCUGGGGGAUGUUAUCGGUGGCAAAAGAGGGCAAACAAGCAAGGUUGUUUGGUCGCAGCCCACGUCUAGCAUAGCUGAGCAAGAAGAUCCCAUUGAAGCCCUCAGGAAAGGGAUAGUUGAAUCUACUGAUAGCGACAUCCUUUCCGUGGUUCAGAAUGACAAGGAUCGUGCAGAGGAAUGCCGAACGAAGUGGCUUAAGCUCCUAAAGAGGAUGUGGUCUCUCGGUCCUAGGCAAGUCGGGCCAAACAUCCUCUUCACUCCUGAUCCAAAGAAAGACAUAGUUGACCGCUCUGUUCUGAUCCGAGGCUCCCCCUACGUGUCUGAGAGACUGGGGUUUCUGGAUGAUUCCGCUGAUAGUGAAGAUACAGCGCCCGAUGCAUCAUCAGAGUUGGGCCUGUCACUGCGUGUGGAAGCAGCGAGUCUCGAGAGCAGUGUGGUGUCAGGAUUUCAGCUUGCGACGUCUUCGGGUCCCUUGUGUGAAGAGCCGCUGUGGGGCCUAGCUUUUGUGAUUAACGCUUUUAUCUCUCCUUCAGUUAUCAAGUCUGAGGAGUCGGAGCAGGGUCAGCAGCAGACAGAGCAGUUCGGGAUCUUCAAUGGGCAUGUUAUGGCAACAGUUAAGGAAGCAUGCCGAGCAGCUGUUCUUCAGCACAGGCCGCGACUAGUCGAAGCCAUGUACUUCUGCGAGCUGAAUACUCCUACCGAGUACCUGGGUCCAAUGUAUGCUGUUCUUGCAAGGAGGCGGGCCCGUGUCCUGAAAGAAGAAAUGCAAGAAGGCUCUCCCCUGUUCACCGUCCAUGCCUAUGUUCCUGUGGCCGAGAGUUUUGGGUUUGCAGACGAGUUGAGGAGGUGGACCUCGGGAGCUGCAAGUGCUCUCCUCGUGCUUAGUCACUGGGAAGCGAUACCCGAAGACCCAUUCUUCGUGCCCAAGACUGAGGAGGAAAUAGAGGAGUUUGGUGAUGGCUCGAGCGUGCUUCCUAAUACUGCAAGGAAGCUGAUCAAUGCCGUGAGGAGGAGGAAAGGCCUCCCCGUCGAAGAAAAGGUGGUUCAGCAUGCAACGAAGCAGAGGACCCUUGCUCGAAAAGUCUGAUUUUUGGAGACUUUGGUUAUUGUCAUUCAUUCAAAUUAUAGAUUAUAGACUGUAAAACAGAUUCUGUUACGUAGUCUAUAUCAUCAAUUUUGUUCGACUUGUACUUCGACAAAUUUUGAUGUUUGAUAUUUGAUGAUCAGUUAGUCAGUCA